GCAAAUGCAGCACCCGCCCACCACUUUCCUCAUCUUCCCCCCAAAUCAUUUUAAAAGCAAAAUGGAAAAUUUUUAUAUAUUUUUUCCCAUCUCUGAAAUCCCAGAAUUCAAUCAUUUUUAGCUCAAAAACCCACUUUUUUUCCCCCUUUCCUUUUAAUAUAUAGUCUUUACCUGAGAAACUACAAGGUUCACCAGCCCCCCCCCCCCCCACAUUCAAAAUGACGGAGACGCCGUUCUCAAAACUCUCCGACGACGUCGUUCUUAACAUCUUCUCCAAGCUCGAACAUCACCCCAAGAGCUGGGCUUGUCUCGCUUGUGUCUGCACCAAAUUCUCUUCUCUCAUUCACAACACCUGCUUCAAACAAAAAUGCUUCAAAACCAUCCCCGCCGUUUGCGCCGGUCUCCUCUCCUCUUCCUCCGUCCCUCCCGGCGGUUGGUCCUCCCUCCAUAAGCUCUCCGUCUGCUGUCCUGGCCUCCAUCACGCUGGCGUCCUUCUCGACCACUCCGAUUUUGGCUUCGCACGUGAGAUUGGCCCCGAGGUGAAAUAUCCCAAGCUAGCUAAUUCCCAAUUCUCCCCGCCGCCCACCGAGCCUUGGUCCAGCAAAGUGGAAGGGAAUCCGAAUCCGGAUCCGGAAAAUAACGCUCCCGGGUCCGAUUGUUCAUGGUCGCUUUUCGAUGAUCUAUGUUACGACACCGUUUCAAACCCGUCCGAGUCGAUAGACGGUUAUAAAGUAGAAAGAAUUGACAACAGAGACAUAAAAACCGGGCGUGAAUUUCUCGUUUGUAAAAGGAGGAAACUAUCUAGACCGCUUAGAUCCCAUCUAGCAGACGGCGUUUGGAACUUAAGCCGAGAACAGGGCAACAAGUUGUUAGCGAGCCGGUUCCGAGGCGAUUGUUUAUACAUUUGCGAUUGGCCGGGAUGCAUUCACAUGGAGGAGAAGCGGAAUUACAUGCUUUUCAGAGGGGUUUUCAACGACUUCAAGAAAUCCCGAGUGUGGAGGACGAUAAAUGAUGGGAACAGGCGCAAGAUCGAUCUGAGUUGCGCCUUUUGCUCUUGUAAACAAACAUGGGAUUUGCAUUCUGCUUUCUGUUUGAGGCGGGUUUUCGGGUACCACGAUGAUGGGGAGCCAGUUGUUCGAGCUUAUGUUUGUGAGAACGGACAUGUUUCUGGUGCUUGGACUGAUUUGCCUUUGUACACUUAAGGGAAACAGCAUAUCACAUCAACAUUACUAGUAAGUUGUUUCCAGUUAAAGUAAGUGGAAUUUACAACUUGAUGAUGAUUAGUAAGCAGCAUUUAGUAUUGGGUUUGAUUUAUUGAUAGAAAUGAUGUUCUUUGUUGGCUUUCUCAGAAGAUGAGACUAGUGAUUAUCAUUAUGGUUAUGUCUAUUACAUUGUAUACCAGCAUUGGAUUGUUAGAUUAUCUAGUGCGAUUUUUGGCAUUGGAUUAUUAGUUUAUCAAGUGAAGUUGAAUUUCAAUCUUUGAACUAUUAA